AUCUAGUAUGUGCUGAAUUAGUCUUACAUGGAAAAUCAACCUAGUCAACCACUUUAUAUUUUACAAAGCAAAGCGUAAUGAUGUUUCGCCUCGUUUUUAACCAAUUCAAAUCCAAUUCAACGCUUCCCGUUCGCACCUAUUCGACCAGACUGGAGGAGAAACUCAAAGGAGUGGUUUUAGGAAUCUACGAAACUCAACUAAAAGAUGAGCCCAAAUUGACGAAAAGUUCGAAAAAAUUCAAUGAACAACACAAUGGUCGUUUACUGGAAAUGAUAAAAGAGUCUGGCAUGACUGGUCGCCUAAAUGAAACUCGUCUAUUCACCAAUUUGCAUCCCGAUUAUCAUUUGAUUUGUGUUACCGGUCUCGGAAGAGAAUGCGACGAAUACAAUCCAUUUGAGUCGAUUCAUCAGGGAAUGGAAAAUGUACGACAAGCUGCAGCAUCGGGCUGCAUUGCACUGUCAGAAAGAAACUGUCGAACGAUGUUUGUCGAACCGAUGGAAUUUCCCGAACAAGCGGCAGAGGGUAGCACACUUGCCGUGUGGAAUCUCAACAAAAUCCGAAAGAAUGAGUUGCCGAAGUUGGAUUUGUUUGACUCGUCGGAUAUGGAUGAAUGGUUGCGAGGAACGUUCAAAGCAGAUGCUCAAAAUUUCGCCAGAAAAUUAACGGAAAUGCCAAGCAACUUGGUAACGCCCAGUAAUUUUGCACAAUUUACAAUGGAUCUGCUGUGUCCGUGUGAUUUGACUGUGGAGCUGAGAAACAUGGACUGGAUUAAAUCACAUCAUUUAACGGCCUUUAUGUCAGUUGCUCGUAGCUCAUGUGAGCCUCCUGUUAUGUUGGAAAUGACAUAUUGUGGAGGUGAGCAAGGUGACCCUCCUGUGUUGCUAGUGGGAAGCGGACUCACUUACAACAGCGGAGGAUUGUGCUUGAAAGACAAAUACGAUUUAUCCGAAGCAAGAUCUGCUAUGUCUGGCGCUGCUUCAGUGGUUGCAAUAAUGAGAGCCGUGGCGAACCUAAUGCUUCCAAUAAAUGUGUCGGCAAUCGUACCACUUUGCGAAAGCAUGCCGUCCGGUAUGGCAUUCAAACCUGGUGAUGUUUUAACAGCAUUGAAUGGAUACCACAUUGACGUGUCUAAUACGAGCAACGCAGCUGUUAUACUGUUAUCAGAUGUUCUGUGCUACGGCCGACAGACGUACAAACCGAAAUUGAUAAUCGAUGUAUCCUGUGUAUCGAAAGGAGCCGAGCAAGCAUUUGGUGGAGCUGCGUCCUGUGUGUUCACAAAUACAACGAAUUUGUGGAAUCAAAUAAAUACGGCCGGAAGCAUAACCGGUGAUAGAGUGCGACGAUUGCCGUUGUGGGAACAUUUCUCAAAAAUGAUAAGAAAUAAAUCAACUGGAAACAUUAGCAAUACGGGCGACGGAACAGAGAGCGCAUGUCUAGCUGCCGCAUUUCUGAAAGAAUUCUGUGAAGGUGUCGACUGGAUCCACAUGGACAUUGAAGGUGUAAAAGUGGAAUUGACCGAACAUUUACUUCCGUAUUUAGAGAAAUAUUGCAUGACGGGUCGACCGACCCGAACUGUUGUGCAGUUGUUGUAUCAGAUGGCCUGUCCAGACGCUACGGUUCCGAAAAAUUUGAACUGUGUCCCAGUAGCGAAGAGUUCAAGUUGUUGAAUGUUUUGUUUUUAAUUU